AUGUUUCCUCCAUCAAAUAAUGCCAGAGGCAGGCCAAUCGUUGCUGACUGGAUGGCGGGUGUCCAGUCACUUCUUCCCCCGGUGGACUUUGAUCACCCCAAUGACAGUGCUGAACCUAAUCGUCACCCGGAUAUUAGUGGUGCGUACCAGAACAAAUCCGUCUAUAACCCCGCGGUCGCAUAUAGCUUCACCUCCAAGACAGAUCAACUAAUUAUCUUAUUUUUAGCCAUCGAUUUCACGUCCGACGACUUCAAUUUCUCGACAGAUUUAACAGAUGAUGUGUUCUCAAACCGACUGCCUCUAUUAUGCGAUGAUACAUUUGAUGAUUUCUUCUCAUUCGAUCACGAUGCGAAUGGCAGUGACAAUUCCUACCCCAUCUCCCCAUUGACGGAGAUGGCCCAAUCAGCCAACACGACCAACAUGCGCGCCGACGACGAUCAACGCAGCAGCCCCCGAUCCAAGCGAGCCAACACCACUACUGCAGGGACACAGCAGAGGGACACACAAGAUCUCAGGUGUUGGGACCACGGGUGUAACGGCCAGUUGUUUACGACGCUGAGCAACCUGAAGCGGCACCAAAAGGAGAAGUCUAGCCAGCGGCCUUCUUAUCCGUGUAAUAUGUGCGGUGCCAUCUUUAGUCGUACUACGGCGAGGAAUCAUCACAUUCAGAAUCAGAGCUGUAACAGGAUUCGACGACAUUCUAAUGGAAGGGUGCGACCGAAUAGAGCGCUGAGGUCGUUGACACAAUAG